UUUCACUGCUUUGUCGUAUCAUUUGAAUCUUAUUUUGUUUCUGGAUUUAGUUUGUUUGGAUUUAGGGUUUGGCCCUGUAAUUUCUUGAUUUUAUUUUAUCAUUGAAAAAAAAAAAUUGGGGAAAUUCUUGUGUUUUGGGUCAGGGUUUUAUAGUGGUUGAAUUGGGAUUGGUCUCUUGUUUUUCUUGGAGUUAUAUUUUUGAUAUAUAUAAAAAAAAAAAAAAAACUAAAUAUGGCGGCUGGGAGGCAUGGGGGUUAUCGCGAAAACGAGUUCAGAGACCACGAGUCCAACUUUGAAUUGUCAAGGAGGGAUUUUUCUAAUGCCAAGGAAGAGUAUGAUCGAAUUAGGAACACUAACGGUAUACGGGACAUUGAAAAGGGCCGAGUUCAGGAUGUAAGAGAUAGGGGUAGGGUUAGGCAGAAGGAUAUUAAGGAGAGGGAAGUGAUGAAUGGUGGGUAUAGAUCAGCUUCAAGUAAGAGUGAUUCGGGCAGCAGCGGAGGUGGUGGUAGUGGUGGUGUUCGUGGGCCAAAGCGAUGUGGGUUUGUGGCCAGGGCCGUUGAUAGGGAACCAGGUGAGUUGUCAAGUGAGUCUGACGAUGCUAUUGAAUCUGAAUCGCAGGUGAAGGAUCCCAAUGUAUCGAAGGCGAUGGAUAAUGGGGUUCGAUCACCACCUCCCGAGAGGAAGAGGAAAUUUUCACCUAUAAUUUGGGAUAGAGAUGAUAAGGAAGUUAAUAAUUCAAGAAGUAGGCUGUCAACGACAGUGACAGCUCUUCCUCCUCCCCCAGCAUUGCCAAAGGGAUACCGUCGGUCGCCUAAUGUUGUUCCAGAUGCUGGUGUGCAACUAUCUCCGAUUAAGAAUAGUAAAGAUGAGAAUUUGCUGCGAUCUGCAUCACCAUUUAAGCCUCCUUUGGGACCUGGGUCAGGAGGGCAUGUUGUGUCUGAGUCUCCAGUAGAGUUGUCUCCUGGAUCGCCGAAGCAGCGGUGGAGUAAUGAUCAGGAAGCAGAGCAGCUGGAAGAUGAUGAUUAUGUGCCUACCCGGAAUAUAUCAUCUUCAAGAUGGGCAGCUGGGAAUAACUCUCCCAUUGAUGAAGGUGAGAUUGUAGAUGAUGAGGAAGUGCAUAAAAGGAGAAGGAAAAUGCCUCCGGCAGAGUCAUUGGGGGCCAGGGUGCUCAACAAGUCUUUGAGUCCAGAGCUGGGGGAGCUCAAGAGAGAAGGCUCUGAAAGAUCUAGAGCUAAAUCAUCUGAAUCUGAUGAACGAGUGACCCGUGGUAGGUCUCUGAAUCCGGAUGAUAAUGCGGGUGGUGAUUCAGAAAAGGAUGACUGCAUGGAGAUUGAUGAUGAACGUGAUAAAAAUUAUAGUAGUGGUAGCCAGUCGGAUACUGAUUCAGGGGAUGAAGAUGAUUCUCGUGAGACACCAGAACCAGAACCUGCAGUGCCUCCACAAAGAAGCUUAAACAUGCUUCAGGGUUGUAGGAGUGUUGAUGAGUUUGAGAGACUUAACAGAAUAGAUGAAGGCACUUAUGGCGUUGUAUAUAGAGCCAAAGAUAAGAAGACUGAUGACAUUGUGGCUUUGAAGAAGGUAAAAAUGGAGAAGGAAAAAGAAGGUUUCCCAUUGACUUCUCUGAGGGAAAUAAACAUUCUUCUUUCUCUUCAUCACCCGUCAAUUGUAGAUGUUAAAGAAGUGGUGGUGGGGAGUAGCCUCGAUAGUAUCUUUAUGGUGAUGGAGUACAUGGAACAUGACCUGAAAGGACUCAUGGAGACAAUGAAGCAGCCAUUUAGUCAGAGUGAAGUGAAAUGCCUAAUGCUCCAGCUUUUGGAGGGUAUUAAGUAUCUUCAUGGUAACUGGGUUCUUCAUCGGGAUUUGAAGACAUCAAAUCUGCUUUUGAAUAAUCGGGGUGAGUUGAAGAUUUGCGACUUUGGCUUGGCUCGUCAAUAUGGGAGUCCAUUGAAACCAUAUACUCAUUUGGUGGUUACCCUUUGGUACAGGUCGCCUGAACUCCUAUUGGGAGCAAAACAAUAUUCCACAGCAAUUGACAUGUGGUCGCUGGGUUGCAUCAUGGCUGAAUUACUAUCUAAGGAACCACUUUUUAACGGGAAAACUGAAUUUGACCAACUUGACAAGAUUUUUAGGAUUCUUGGCACACCAAAUGAGACAAUCUGGCCUGGGUUCUCCAAGUUGCCUGGGGUCAAGAUCAACUUUGUCAAGCAUCAGUAUAACCUAUUGCGUAAGAAAUUCCCAGCUACAUCAUUCACAGGAUCUCCUGUUCUCUCUGAUUCUGGAUUUGACUUGUUGAACAAACUUUUAACUUAUGACCCCGAGAAGCGAAUUACAGCUGAAGCUGCGCUUAAUCAUGAAUGGUUCCGUGAGGUUCCUCUUCCCAAGUCCAAAGAGUUUAUGCCUACUUUUCCUGCUCAACAUGCUCAAGACAGACGUAUGCGGAGAAUAAUGAAGAGUCCCGAUCCUUUGGAAGAGCAGCGUAGAAAGGAGUUGCAAGGGCCUUUGGGGACUGGUGGUGUGCUUGGCUAAGGGUAAUGAAUCUGCAGUGGCUUUGAUCUCCAUGAUUUUGUUUUGCACAACACUGACUAGUGACAUGGUUGAGGUGAGAGACGUGCAUUGAAACGAAGUUACAAAUACUGUUUGUCGGAAGAUCAUUCGUGCUGUUUUUUAGCAGGCACUAUUUGUCAGUGAUUUGGGUGGAGCCUUGUAUUAUUUGCCUCUUGCUGUCAACCAGAUUUAUUGCAGGUUAACUUUGUUCUCCAGCUUUGCCUCAUCGGUGCUUGCACUGCAAGGUGUGGCAUAAUUGUCUUUUCUCUAGAAAGAAAGGGAAAAAAGUUUCAUUUGAAACUUGUGUAUGUAACAUAUCAUCUUUGGUACAUUGUAAACAGUUCUUUUUAAAUUUGGUUUUGAAUAUUAGAGCAGUAUGGAUUUUCUGGCAACUGUCAGUUCUACCUUUUUUUUUUAAUUAUCACAUUGUGUUUGCAAGAGACGGUUGGUUGGUGUGAAGUGGAGGGGAUGCUCUUUGCUUUCCAUUGACGAAGAAACUGACAGUAACCAUAAUACUUAUGAAGGUAAUUCAUUCAUUUGAUGUCUUGGAAUGUUUCCAGGGAUUCAUUCAUUUGAUGUCUAUGGAAUGUUUCCGGGGAUCAGGAUUAUGCUUUCCAUGAGGGAUAAUGCUUAUGAUUAACAAAGCAAGCAGGUUGAGGAGGUUACCUGUAUACUCUGGAAUUUAUAGAACUUCAAUUAGGUGUCCCUUCUGGCUUCCUGAAGGUGCAAUUUAGCGCUACAAAUUCUAAAGAACAGUCCUUUUUUCCUGGAUUGCUGUUGGUUACCUUGCUGGGAAUGAUCAAAUACUAUUAUUACCCAUUGUACAAAGAAGUCUUAUGUGAUCCCCAUCUUGUUCCUAGUUGCAGUUCUUUGCAAAAAAUAAAAAUAAAAAAUUGUUCCCUGAUGGGUGUAGUUCCCUAAUGGGUGUAUAACUUAUCUUCUUCAGAUUUCUUUGUCAGACCCUGUAUGAUAUACUUUGUUUAGAGGUGUCCAGCUGUUAUCUUUUAGAUAUACUUGUUUGUGUUGUAUAAUUGUAUUAUAGGUAGGUAGGGCUGGAAGAGUGGGCUUUCUGUAUGGGAAAAUUUUGGUAGUGUCCACUUUCCAUUCGCUAGGCCAAUAUUAGGAGAUUCAUUAGGUAUAAGCCGUAUGGAAACAUUUAAUAUUUUGUCGUAUGUAUGAUAAUGGGUGUAAUGCUAUAUGCCAUACAUUUAUCAUACUUUGCUGAUAUGACACACUGCCAAUCAUUUUUUGGACCUUAUUUUUUAAUUACAUUAGGUUUGAUCCAAUUGGCACUGUGUCACACCAGCAAAGAUAAAAGUGAGAUAAAAGUGUGGUGUACAACAUUUCCCUUUGUAAUGGUUGUGCUGAAUGAGGUUAAACAGGAUCUUGGCUGGGUAGCUUUGCCCCUGUAUUCAACUCAUUCUGUUCAUGCAUUUUGUGGAGGCCUGGUCGUAGUUGCUCCAUUUGAUCCUAUCAACCUGUCAGGUCGGUGAUGUUACAGCAGUAGCAUUAUUUGGCAGCCUGUUUGAAUUAAGAUCUAGAAUCUGGCCCGGUGAGUGUUAAGUUUGUCUUACUGACCGUUGUAAGUAUUUCAGGCAACCAACUGGAGAUAAAAAAAAAAAAAAAAUUGUACCAAUCAUUCAUGUAGAUGGCCAUGGAUGGUUUAUCAGGAUUCAGGUUACGUGCAAUGAGGGCAUUAAAUUGAAUUUAUGGUUCUUUUGGCUAAAAAGGUAGUAAGUUAUAAGUUCUGGUUAUAAAAGGAAAAAAAAAAAAGAGAGAAGGAAUUCCAAGUCUUUUUAUGGGGAGCACCAGCUCGAUCUUGAAGGGUUUUUUUUUAAAAAAAUUUAUUUUUAAAUUUUAAAUUUUAAAUUUUUUUUUUUAAUUUUUUAAAAUUUAUUAUCAUUCACAUUGACGUUGCUGUAUAUCUGUAACCCUUGCUCAUUCAUUGACCGAUUGUUCGAGCCUUAUCAAGAGCACAGGUUUGACGAACACUGAUUCUCUGAGGUGGAAGCUGCCUUCUCAAAUGUCUCUAUGUAUUGGCCUUUGUCACAGAAGGCAACAACGUGGUACAUGUUAGAGCUUUGCUGGAGAUUUGGGCCUUUAAAAGAACCGAGUCAGAAGGAGGUAGAUAUAUCACGGGCUCUUAUCCCAAUCAGCAACAUAAAUUUCAAGUGACCACGUGACAAGGUUUGCUUGUUUCCUUCUCAGCAAUUGUGUCAUCUGCAUUAAUGGGAAAGAGACCCUGGAAUCCGCCCAUGUAUAUUCACAACAAUUAUACAAUCCCUCUAGAAAGAACUCGGUUGCAAUGUCCAGAUUUCUUUUUUUGUUUGUU